AUGGGAGACGUCUGCACGAGAUGGAACUCUACGUACUACAUGAUUGAUAGCUAUUUACAAUUGAAAUCUAUCGUUACUAAAUUGUUUGAUGAAAAAUAUCAACUAAGAAUCAAAUAUAAACAAUUGAAAAAAUUGGAACGUCUUGAAAUCACAUCUAAUGAUUGGAAUAUGUUACUAUUAUUACAUGAGACAUUAAAACCCUUUUAUCAUGCCACGAGACUUAUUAGUGGAAGCCAUUAUGCAACUAUUGGUCUUACUUAUUUUGCCAUACAUUUCAUUAAAAAAUUUCUUGAUAAUACUGUAGGUGAUAAUGAUCUUGUGAUACGAUUGAAAAAAUUAUUAUCUCAAUCAAUGAAACAUUAUCUUGAUACUGAUGAUGAUCAGUCUAAUUUGUUGAAAAUACAUGCCUAUUUUGACCCUUUGGGAUAUGCAGUUUUAUCUGACACUGAUAAAGCAUUAAUUGAACGUGAUUUAAAAGAUAUGGCAUUAAAUAAUUCUUCGCUUGAUCUCUCGCCACAGCAACCAUCAUUGAUUAAUAAUAAUACCAGUACAACGUUGCCAAUGACAGGAGCAACAACAAAAAUACCCGUUCGAAAACCGUUAUCAGUUCUUAAUGCAUUCAUGGCAUCAGUUGGCCAGGACAUUGAUGUAAAAGAUGCAGCAAAUAGAGACAAAAAUAAGCGAGUGACUAUUGCUCAUGACUUAAAAACAUAUAAAUCCUUAGUGAAUUCGUUCAAUACAAGAGAUUCACCAUCAUCAUCAACAUCUUUGCUUUUUUGGAAAAAUCAUCAAAAGCAAUUACCAAUAUUGAUUAAAUAUGCAAACAAAUAUUUAUCGGUUCCGGGCACUAGUGUGCCGAGUGAAUCGGCAUUUUCGUUGUCAGCGUAUCUGGCUCGUAAACAAAGAGCACGCUUAAGUCCAGAAAAUUUGUCUUAUUCGGCCUUUCUUAAAGAUAAGAUGAAACAAAAAAGAUAA